UGUAAACUUGAAAAGUUCCCACUUUAAGUCACUGCAUUCACUUUAACUCGCAUAUUGGAUAAAAAAUGUGAGACGCAUACUGUGAUUGCCAAGAAAACUGGAGAAUUCCGAUUUUGGUGCUAUUGUUAGAGUAAUUUAUUACUGUGCUGGAUCGCAUUACUUUCACGGAUCGUUGUGGAAACUGUGCGAGGAAGACAACGAAACUAAAUGCUGGAAUAAUUUUCUGCUUAAUAACUUGCCUCGCCAUACGACAAAAUGACGAUUGUAACGAAACCCUUAACCGAUGAGAAGAAAGACCUCAAACCUUUGGUUGUGGAUAGCGAGAGUGCGGCUUUUCCAGUUGAUCCACCGCCUUACGCACCGGAUGCAGAGUCUCAGAUUACGGUUUAUCAGCAUCCUUAUCGCAAACACCGCACUGGCUUCCUGAUAUGCCUGGGGUUAUUGAUUGUGCUGACCAUUGGAUGCGCCACCAUGGGAGGCAUUUAUUUGUACUAUCGCUUUUCUCAGCCAGAGGGAUACCGUGGCACAUGUCGAAUCCGCUUCAACAACCCGCAGUUUGACUUUAACGCACAGCCAGACGACAGCAUCCCAUCAGCAUCAUUCCAGUCACAGCCCAAUUCGCCCUUGGCCGCCGACGUGGUUAAUCCCUUCCAACCGGCUCGCAAUCGUCUACUGAGCACCCCCACGGAGUCCGGCGUCAACGGUGACUUGGAUCUGGAUCUGCGCCGGAUAAUCAACAGCUUCCAACAGGAUUUCGAGCUGGAUCUGCGCCGACAAAUGUGGGAGAUCCUGCAAACUCCCCGUGUGCCGCAACUGGGCUUAAAUCAGCCAUCCCGCUUCAUUCAUGAUUUCAGUCUGAAUUUGACAGCCAUUUACGACAUACAGAACAGCGAAUGCUAUAUCAUGCCAUUAAACCGUUCAGUCAUCAAGCCGCCUCAAGAUUUAUUCGAAUUUUUACGCGGCAUGCAGGAUGGUAGUUACACACUGGAUGGAUCGGUUAUUCGGCAGACGUAUUAUGUUGACCCACUUCCGGUGAUGGACUACUCCGUACUUGGACCAUUCAUUACUCGCGAAUGCCUAAAAUUCCCGACUUACUGGCUAAUCGCUCGCGAUGAUGCGGAUGUCAGUACUAAUACCGAUAAUACGGCUGAGGAGCGAGUCCGACGCAGUGCCAUUGCCGAUCAAGUGACCAGCACAUUCGGCGAGUUCGUUGGUAGUUUGCACACUGUCAAUAUUGUCAAGCCGAAAAUCUAAUUGGUCAACAAACACUCUUAAUAAACAAACACGCUUUAAGGAUUCCGCUGGUGAGGUUUUUUUGUACAGUUUUAAGGAGGUUUUGUUCUCUUUUCCUGACGAUAAACCCGGAUGAAUGUUUCUGUUUUAAUUCUACGUGUUGCCGGGGCUGGUGUGGUGGUUGUACAAUUGCCAGUUUUAUCCACGUUUGCACACUUGAUGAUUGCAUGCGGCUUAAUACAAUAGCGUUAAAGUUAUUGUAAAAAAACAAUGUUAACGGGUUCCAUGACGUUGCGCACUUUGUUAAUUCAGUAGCGAACCUUCUGAUUGAGACAAAAUUUGAAUGUAUUCUUAGUAAUGUUAAUUUACCAAUAAAGCGUUUGGAAAUAUGG